AAAAAAUAUACAUGUCUGAACUGGCCUAUUGGCUAAUAACCAUAAUGCGUACACGUUACUAAUUAGAGUUAUCUUCAAUAUCUUCACUCAAGGGAACAUAAAUAUCAGAAGUGGAUCAUUGGCGACUUCUGUCUAGGCGCACCCUGUGCUUCAGCUCCGAUCUCAUUCCUGCAGUUAUGUUUAAACUUGACGAUCUCCUCAAGAAGCUAGGUGAGUUUGGUCCCUACCAGCGCAGGGUGUUCGCCAUCACCUGUACCAUAGUCUUCUUCUCCUCAUGGGUGUCAAUGAUUCCAGUCUUCCUGGCGGCUACAGUCGAUCACUGGUGCGAGGUAAGUUUGGAUUCUUUGUCCCUUACAAAUCGGACCCCCGAAUGGACUCCUGGAUGUGAGCAAUACGGGUUGUCAGAGGAAGCUUGUGCACUAGCCCAGAAGGAAGGUAGCAUCCCAUCAAACUACACAUCAGAUGGUGAGCUGGAGUACGCACAAUGUGAGAAGUAUAACGUGUCAGGAGUGGGAUUCUGGCCUGGGAUCGAUCCAUCCAAUUACAGCAGCGAAACGAUGUCAUGUGACAGUGGAUGGGUCUGGCCACCUGAGUCUGCAAGAUGGCUUAUCUCCGUGGGGAAAUUCGACAAGGCCGAAAAAGUUAUCACCAAGGUAGCCGAAGUUAACAAGGCCGAACUGCAGAAGCCCCUGUUUACCAAAGAAUUCAUGGUAGAGCAGGAACGAAUCCGCAAGGAACAUAGGCCCACAGGUCUCGAUUUGAUCCGCACACCCAGGAUGAGAAUGCGAACCAUCAACCUUGUCUUUAUAUGGUAGGCCUAAUGACUCUCAAGGAUCCUUCAAA